AUGCCGGGGCCCAAAAGGCCGGACGAAGGUGAAUCUGAGCCACCUCGCUCGAGAAGUCCAAGGACUCGGCUCCUGCAUAGACCUCGGUAUUUGCAGCCGGAACCUUCUCCGCCUGAUGCACCGCCUAGCGGUCCGCCUCCUCCGGUGCCAGUCCACUAUGCUGCUGAUGAUGCUGCAACCCUUGAGGAUGACUCACCCCCAAGCGGAACGGACUCUAUGGAUUCCGACGAGAUCACCAUUCGAGAGCUGGCUGAAGAAGCCCGGCGGCUUCGUGCGGAAAGGGGCCCAGCCAAACCCACGACAGCCUCUACACGGGCGCAUGCUGCCGCCAACGCUCUACCAGCUCCUCGCGAGGAUCAUGAAAACUCGGAGUCUGAAUGCCCGGCGGAGGACGACGAGCUCGAUGAGAACCCCUUCGACACAUCCUCUAGACCGGAGGACGACCUUGCUGCAGCCAAAGCCACAGUGCCGCUGCUGAUUUGUAUAUCUGCCCUCUACCGGUACAUGCAGUGCAUCUACUACAUUUGCCAGGUCUUCUACCACCUCCUUUCGGACAUUCGGUGCUUCUCCUACUACGCCCACGUCUCCUACAAAGCAGCAGGCAACGAAUUCGCAAACGAGCUUUUGCCCGAGCGCUUCGUCGAGCACGUUCCUCACAGGCCCUCUGCAAAGACCACGUCCUCGCCGACAACGCGGCAGCGCUCCAGGCUUCGCACUUUCAGUCUGAAUGUUGGUGGUCUUGACGCCACAACGUUCGAUUGUCUUAUGGCCUGGCUUCCUAAUGCACCGUAUGAUAUCAUAGCUCUGCAGGAAAUCCACCAUGGUCUGGGGAAAGAGUCCUCACACUGGUCCUCGGCAGGUUGGACCUUCAUAACCAGUGUCGAUCCUUCCUCUAGAUUUCAGGGCCUAGCCACGCUGGUUCGACAGGACUUCCAGGGUGAUGCGGAGAUUCACCACAAGGAGAUCAAAGCAGGCCGUUUGCUACAUGUACGCCUCGCACGACCCGAAUAUCACAUAGAUGUGGUGAACUUUUAUCAACAAGCUUACCAGCCAGAUUCAGCGGGACACAAUCUCUCCAAACGACACAGUCUGUGGGACAGCCUAAAUGCCACUAUACAACAACUGGCCAGGCGAAACAUGUUGGUUCUGCUGGGCGACUUCAACUGCACCCCGAUUUAUGUCGCGGGACACAUCGGAUGCUCAUUGUCCAGGGCUGAGCUCUACUCGGAUGCUGCUGAAUUUACCACCAUCCUGGUCCUAGACAUCAGUCCAUCAUUGACUUUAUCAUCACCCGACAGGGACAUGCAGAUGCAGUGGCUCGACGUGCUCUACCCAAACGAGGCUUCACACUCAGUCCGUGGCGUCAAGGGGGCAAGCAUCACCCGGUUGAGGCCACUCUCCCUCUACAUCCAGGCUGGCAACGGGCUUCACCACGGUCGUCCACUCAGCCCAAAAGAUCUUAUGAUAACUUGGCUCUCACGGCUGCCGUCCGAGAUCGCACUCCGCAAUAUGAUGCCCUCCGAGAAGCUUUCAGGUCCAAACUUGCGGCGGUACAAACCUCUGACCUCCAACAAAUUAACGAUAUUCUACUCGAUGUGGUUUGCAGGCUUUUUCCGCGAGCUCCUCCUCAACCACAGCGAAUGCAAAGACCGGCUGGCCACCCACCAGGCCCUUCGCAAAAGGGGCCGGGAAGCUCGCAAAGCCAUCCUCGAGAACUACCUGGAACAGGUCCGUAUACAUGGUAAACAGGGUGAGAUGCUCACCUAUCAACAGGAGCAGCAGGCCAUUGUUGAACAUUUUGAGACUCUGUUUCUGUCUCGACAGUCUGGAUGCACACUGUCUGCAGCUCGACCUUCAGCAGACUACGAGGUCAGCCCGCUUAUGUUUCAGCAAGCCCUCGACUCGCUCAAGAUGGGCAAGGCAGUACCUCCGGGCAGCGCUCCUACCAGUGCGGUACGUGCAUGCUCGGACAUGAUCUCCACGAUUGCUGCUCCUCAGGCCGAGACCUGUCUGAAUGGGGCUGAGACGCCGUCUUUGUGGGCCGACUGUACUCUGGUCAUGAAUUGUCCCACACCUGGGUAUCGCAACAUCUGUGCAACAGAAAACGCGCUCCUGGCUCCUUUUGAGCUACCUGAAGUGCAAGCCUUGCUUUCCACUAACCAGUGGAAGGACGUUCUCAACAUCAGUGCGAUGAAAGACACGCUCGGCCCUGCAAAGCCUGUGGAGCGACACCCCGUGGGCGACACAGAUGUCGAGGAGAACUUUGGACCACAGGACCCCAUGACCAGGGGACAGCUAGCGGCGGAGGAAGUGCGGGACAUCUUGGGCGAGGCUAUGGCGACAAUGCAGCCCCGUCCACGGGAGGAUGUGGACAUGCCUGCAGCCCCAACUCUGGGGAAGCGAACGGAGGAUCAACAGAUCCGACCCACCAAGUUUUCAAAGCCAGCGGGGAAGGGGCAGGGCCAAGGGCAGUCACCUACCAAGGGACCGGCAGACGACAAGCAGAACAACCCCAGCCCACCAGCAAGCUCCUGGCAAAACCCCAGGGGAUGGAAGGACCAGCAGCUGCAGCGCCGGCAAGGACAGGGCUGGAAGCAACAGGAGUGGGACGACGAAUGGUACCACCACAGCGAGGUGAAGGAGUUACGCCAAAUGGUGGAAGCUCUCCAGGAGCAUGUGAGGCUCCUGGCGAGGAUGGCCCUGCGGCACGAAGACGAGCUCUCACAAGCUCGCACAGAGCGCGACUUUCUUUUUACUUUCGAGCCGCCCACGAUCGAGGCAGACUCCAACAUGGUGAACAUGCUGGGCCUCAUGUUCAAGAUGGCGGUCCUCUGGAAGGAGAAGAAGGAGAAAGGGGAGGUGGACUCCUCUCUCAGGCUUGUUCUGUUCCUGGGCCUGCUUCGCCAAUGGACGAAGCAAAUCACCACCAACCUCGAGCAGCCGGAGGACUUGGAGCAACUGGCCAAGCUAAAGCUUCUUCGCCAGAAGGAUGCCGGGCAGGGCAUGGAGUGGCCAUAUCUACGAUGGAACCAGGAGCGCCAGAUGCUGGAAGAGUCGCAAACCCCGGCUCUGGAUCACAAGGAGCUGAUGACAGCUCUGGCUACCCUGGAGUCGUCCAUCACAGCCCCGGGAGCUCUUCUUCGCUUCCAUGCAACGCGACGGCUUGUGGAGCAGCACCAGUCCCCGGUCACGUUCCUGGUGACGAUCGGGAUGCGGGACCCAAAGUCCCUGCUCUGCCACCGCGCUCUGUGCUCGCUAUGCUUCAAUGCCAGCAGCCAACUGUUGAAAUUCCGAGUCCGCCCAGCCAGGAUGGAACGCCAGCCGCUAGCCCGGGUGCUUGCCGAGCAAUUCCCACCGCCCACGGAGCAUCCAAUGGGCCGCGGACGGAACUACAGAAAGCCCCCAUCGAAUCGCCCCAGCCCGGCACGCGAAAUGCCACCGAAGCACCCAGCAGCGCCGAUCGCGAAAGAGGGGGACCAGACGGGACAGCAGGAG